AUGGCUACGUCUACUCAGACGACUACCAUCGGGAACGGCCUUACCGAGAGCUUCGACACUCAUGAGCUUCGCCAAAUUCGCAAGCCUGGAGGACCCGUCAUCCAUCCGGCGACAGAUGCGGAAAAGGGCGACUCGUCCUCGAGGACGCCCCUGGGUUCGACCUUUGCGGCGCAUGGAGAAAGGCAGGAUACGACGGUAGAAAAGCCGCCGCAGCCCUGGCUGAAGAUCUUCAGCGUUGGCUACUCCUUCUUCUGUGCCGGAAUCAACGACAGCACAUUGGGCCCGUUGAUUCCUUACCUGCUCAAGUCCUUUUCUAUAGGGACUGGUAUGGUGGCCGUUCUGUACGCGUGCAACUUCACGGGCUGGAUGAUUGGCGCCCUGACCAACCCGGCCCUCGCGCCGCACCUGCGCCUGGGCCAACUCCUGUGCCUGGGCGCCUUUUUCCAACUAGCCGCCCAGGUGCUACGCCCCUUUGGCUGGUCCGGCCUGCCGGCUUUUGCUGUCUCCUUCUUCCUGCAGAGCGUGGGCACUGCGUAUCAGGACGCACUGGGUAACACAUUUGUUAGCGGCGUCCGGGCCGCGCACAGGUGGCUGGGUUUCAUCCAUGCCAUGUACGCGCUGGCACUGCUUGUCGGGCCUUUGCUGGCCACCGCUAUCGCCUCAAACCCGACCGUCGGGAGCGGCGCUGGAUUUGUCGGGGGCGAGGAGUCGUGGAAGAGGACAUAUUUCGUCACUGUUGGGCUUGGGGUUGUCAACCUUGUGUGGGUGGUGGUUGCGUUUAGGGACACUCUUUGGGCGUCUAGGCCGGGAAGUAACGAUGUGCUGAGAAGCGGCGUUGAGGAAGGGGCGGGCAGGUCCGUUCGCGAAGAGCAGGACAAGCAGACGGCCUUGUCUGCUCUUCGAGACAUGGGUACUAUGUUGAAGGUGAAAGAUGUCUGGCUCAUCAGCCUGUUCUUCUUCUUUGCCCUGGGAGCUGCCCAGACUGCAGGUGGCUGGGUUGUAAGUUAUCUUGUCGAGGUGAGAGGGGGAGAUGUCGCAAAGGUAGGAUACGUCCCAUCCGGCCAGGCUGCUGGGAUGCUUCUGGGCCGUCUCCUACUCCCGGAGCCAACACACCGAUUUGGGGAGAAGCCUAUGAUGCUCCUUUACUUUGUCAUCAGUAUAUGCCUCCAGCUUGUGUUCUGGCUGGUACCCAAUAUCAUUGCCGGAGCCACUACGCUGAGUAUUAUGGGCUUCUUCCAAGGCCCUUUCUUUGCAACUGGAGUUUCAGUUGCGUCCAAGAUAUUCCCGCGGAAGAUCCAGUCCGCCGCUCUUAGUUUCAUAUUUGUGGUUGCUCAGGCGGGCGCUGCUAUCUUCCCUUCGUUGACUGGCAUGAUUGCCGGGAAAGCUGGUGUGCAAGUCCUGCAACCUAUUGUGCUGGCUCAACUGGUGGUGGCAACCAUUUUCUGGGUGUUUGUGCCUAAGGUGCAAGAGCGGAGGUAA